CCGUUGUCAUGGUGACCGGGGCCGCUCCCGGAGGGCAGAGGCAGGACCGGCCGCUUCACCCUCUACUGUCGCGCUGUCUCCACCAUGGCAUCCCAGGAGAGGAGAGGGGCUGUGGCUAGAGGAAGUGGCUUCUGGCAUUGCCCCCAGACAGCUUACAGUCCACAAACACGGGAGUUGCUCAGAGUGAUGAUGCAGGAAUCCAAACUCAACAACUUCCAGCAGCAGCAGAUCAGGGACUUCAUGAAAAGAGGCGAUGCCCUGCCGGUCGAGGGCCACCCCACUUCCAGCCAGAAACCAUCGCCGCCCAAGCCGACCACCCGUCCCCCCGGCCUCCGCCUCCCUCCCAUCUUAUCGGCCAGACCCCACCUCCGGCCGGCAAACAUCUGCCGGGCCAACGACGCCUACACCCGGGAGCAAUACAGGCCUCAGCCCACCAGAGAUCUGGAAAAGGAGAAGGAAAGACUCCAAAACAUCUUUGCCACCGGGAAGGAUGUAGAGGAGCGGAAAAGAAAGCAGAAACCUGCCCCGCAAGAGGAAUCGGCCCCCGAGCCUGACCGGUUUGAGGAAUUGGUGAACGAAGUCCGGGAGAGGCGGGAGUUCCUGUUACAGAUGGAAGCCCUGGGCCGGGGCAAACAGUAUCGAGGGAUCAUCCUCACUGAGAUCUCCCAGAAACUGCGAGAGAUGGAGGACCUCGAUAAAAAGAGAAGCCGCAAACUUAAAGAAGCGGUGGCCAGAGCCUCUUCUGAGGAACCCAACACAACCGCAAGGCUCCCGGCUCCACCCGGCUCCAGGGACGGGUCUGUAUCCAGAGCUGGGGGCUUGCCCGCAGCAGACCAGCCUGGCUCACCCGCAAGUCCGAACUCCCCUCGCCCCGGGACGCCCAGGCAUGGCCACCUGCCACCCACACAGACCUAGUUGGGGGCAGACCUGGAAGCCCCCAGGAGUCCAAGAAGCCUUGCUGUUCUCUGAGAA